AUGAUUCACAUUGACGAGAAGUGGUUUUUUAUGAGUAGGAUCACUCAAAGGUUCUAUCUUCUCUCAGAUGAAGAAGAUCCUUAUAGGGCAUGUCAGUCAAAAAGUCACAUGACUAAGGUCAUGUUCAUGGGUGCCAUUGGUAAACCAUGGUUUGGAGAAAAUAGGGAACUCAUUUUUGAUGGAAAAAUUGGCAUUUAUCCAUUUGUAGACAAAGUUCCAGCACAGAGAUGGAGUGCAAACAGAGACAGGGGCACUAUAGAGACCAAAGCCAAGCAACACAUCACCAAACAAGUCAUCAGAGAAAUGAUUAUCAACAAGUUGUUACCAUCAAUAAAAGAAAAGUGGCCAGCAAAUAGGUGCAAAACAAUAUGGAUACAACAAGAUAAUGCCAGACCACAUAUAUUUCCAGAUGAUGCAAAGUUUUUGGAAGCAGCAAGAAAAGAUGGUUUUGAUAUGCAUCUUGUAUGUCAACCAGCACAAUCCCCUGACCUAAAUCUUUUGGAUUUGGGAUUUUUCAAAGCAAUACAGUCAAUUCAACACCAACAAUUCCCAAACACAAUAGAUGAGCUCAUUGAAAGUGUAGAGGAAGCUUAUAAUGUUUAUGAUCCUAGAAUCAUAAAUUACACAUGGUUGCAUCUCAAGCUUGUUAUGUUGGAAAUCUUAAAGGUUAAGGGUGGAAACAACUAUAAGAAUCCUCACAUUGGCAAGAAAAAAUUGGACAGGUUGGGGCAAUUACCAACUGUUGUUCAUGUUCCAUAA